UCGGGAAGCGGCUGGCACACGCGGUGUGUCGCGAAAAAUGGCGAAGACGUUUCGCGCGGUCGCGGUCUCGGCUCUGUCAAACAAUGGGCAGACCACGCCGAAGUACAACAAGCCGGUCGCGCUCAAUAUCAAUUACGACCCGCAGGGCCUCAGCGUCGAGUUCGUCUCAGAUGUUAACAACAAGGAGAAGACAAGUCUAUUGGAAUUUCCAGUCACUCCCAGUACUGAAUGUUCUCGCGUAUCAUCUCGAAGUUAUGUUUUUACACUUGAUACAGAUAGUUUACUCAUUACAUUUGCUAAUGAAACAGAUUUUCGCAACUUUCAUUCGCACAUAGUAAAACUCAAGAUAGGAAAAGGUAUAUCAGCAUUCAAUGAAAGAACAGAAGAAUCCUCAGCAAUGCAGUAUUUUCAAUUUUAUGGCUAUCUCUCGCAACAACAAAACAUGAUGCAGGAUUACAUUAGGACUAGUACAUACCAGCGAGCAAUUCUUGGCAACUUGUCAGAUUUUAAGGAUAAGGUUGUACUAGAUGUAGGCGCUGGUGGUAUAUUGUCGUUUUUUGCCAUACAAGCCGGUGCGAAAAAGGUGUACGCAGUAGAAGCGAGCAACAUGGCGAACCAUGCCGAGCUGUUAGUCGCAGCUAAUAAUUUAUCGGAUAAAAUAAUAGUCAUAGCCGGAAAGAUAGAAGAGAUCGACUUACCCGAACGUGUGGACUGUAUAGUGAGUGAACCUAUGGGAUACAUGUUGUAUAACGAAAGAAUGCUUGAAACUUAUUUGCAUGCAAAGAAAUGGUUGGCUCCAGGUGGAAGAAUGUUCCCUUCUAGAGGUGAUCUGCACAUCGCACCUUUCUCUGAUGAAAAUCUCUAUAUGGAACAGUUCAAUAAGGCCAAUUUUUGGUAUCAGACAUGUUUCCAUGGAGUAGAUCUCUCUGCUAUGAGAAAUAACGCUAUUAAAGAGUACUUUAGGCAGCCGAUUGUCGAUACUUUUGAUAUUAGAAUAUGUAUGGCGAAAUCUGUGAGGCAUAUAGUAGACUUCCAAACAGCUGAUGAGACUGAUUUACAUAAAAUAGAAAUAGAUGUCGAUUUUCAUAUACUGGAGAGUGGUACUUGCCACGGUCUAGCUUUCUGGUUCGAUGUAGCAUUUAUCGGAUCCACGCAACAAGUCUGGCUGAGUACAGCUCCUACAGAGCCUCUUACUCACUGGUAUCAAGUACGCUGCCUCCUAGAAAAUCCAUUAUUUUGUAAAAGUGGACAACUACUCUCUGGAAAAGUCAUCCUUAUAGCAAAUAAAAGGUAAAUAUCAUAUGCUCUGAUCUUUACGUGUUUCCAAUUCCAUCCCAAGUAGCAAACUGACGUC